UCAGACCAUAGAUGAAACUGAUUCAGUCUGGAGAAAGCAUCAUGACAGUGAAGUUGCACCUAGCCUCGGUCUUCGACAACCCCAACUGCCUGCUGGGCCGGAGGAAUCGGAAUCAGUUCCUGGUAACCCUGCUGGUGAACAUAGCCACAUUCUCGCAUGGACUGGGCGUGGGCUGGAUGUCACCGGUGAUGAGGGAUCUCCAGACCGAAGAUUCGCCCCUGAACUUCCCCGUUCUCGUGGACCAGGUUUCCUGGAUAGGAUCCGUCGUCGGUAUUGGCAGUGUAAUGGGCAAUCUCCUAGCGGGAUUUCUGCAAGAUCGCAUUGGUCGCAAGCUGGUCAUGCUCUUUAUUGCAUUACCCUACACGGUCUUCUGGUUCCUGGUAUACUUCGUUCAGAGCGUGGAGUUUCUCUACAUCGGUCGUCUGAUGGCUGGCAUUACUGGUGGCACCUGUUACGUUGUCCUUCCGACCUUCAUCAGCGAGAUAGCCGAUUCUAACGUACGCGGUCGGCUCGGGUCCAUGAUCUUACUAUCGGUGAACACGGGUGUUCUGGCGGGCUAUAUUGUGUCCACAAGUGUGGAUUACUUUACAUCUCCCCCGUUUAUAAUCGCCCUUCCAGUUUGUUAUUUCAUCUGUAUCUUCCUAUUUCCUGAGACCCCACACCAUCUUAUUCGCAAGGGCAAAGUUGAGGCGGCCAAAAAAUCGUUUAUGUUCUACAAGAACAUCACAAAGGAUGAUAUCAAGGCUGAGAGUGAGUUCGAGGAACUAAAGUAUCUGCUAACCAAAGAACAGAAUGAGAAGGCAAAGUCAUUUAACUACAAGGAUUUCAUUACAAAACCAGCUUUUAAGGCCUAUGCAUCUGCGGGUGUCCUGCUGAUGUCCAAUCAAUUCAGCGCCAGUUUCUGUGUGACCACCUAUCUAUCCGACGUCUUUGCGGCAUCCCACACCACUCUGAACCUGAGCAUGUGCACCAUCAUCAUUGGAGCUCUCCAGAUCGUGGGAAACUAUGUGACCACCCUGCUGUGCGAUAAAUACGGAAGGAGGAUCCUCAUGCUGACCUCCACUUCUGGGGCUUCUGCUUGCCUGCUGGCCUUCGGAACCUUCACCUUUUUUGCCGCUACGACUGAUCUCACCAUGGUGGGAUGGUUACCCCUCGUGAUCCUAUCCCUUUUCGUAUUAUUCUGCAAUAUCGGCAUGGUGGGGUGUCUCUUUGUAGUCCUAGUGGAGCUCUUUCCGGCCAAGAUACGAUCUGUGGGCGUCUCUACCUUUGUGGUCAUCCUGAGCAGCACCGUCUUUCUCACCCUGAAAAUCUUCCCCAUUUGCAUGGCGGUUUGGGGCAUCUCGAUUACCAUGUGGUGCUGUAGUGGCAUUACAUUUGCCGGUUACCUCUACUUUUUCUUCUUUCUGGAGGAGACCAACGGCAAAUCGCUACUGGAGGCUUAGUUUGUUUACUGAGGGAGAUAAUGGUUUAUCAAAUUUUGUCGCACCUGGGCGAUUAGCCUAAGCCCGGUAGCUAUCUUUACGGCCAGAGGUUACCAGUCGGAUACUUAAGCCGACUCCCCAGUGGAAAGCCCUUUCAGUGAUCUGAGAUAUCUGGCCAAUGUAAGACUGAAUAAAGAUCGGUGUGUUGUUUUUUGUGCACAUGAGAAGA